UCACAAUUCAUCACAGAAGAUUACUUUCAUUUACGAAACAAAUGAUUUAGUUUACCUAAAUAAUUUGUUUUUAUGCAAAAGAUUUAAAUAUUUUGAAGGGAAAUCAAGAGAAGACGAAGAAAAGUUAUUCAAAACUUGUUUGAUUAUUCUUCUGUAAAUAAUAAUUUACGUCGUAAUAUUUCCGCUCAGUUCCCUGGUGCAGCUGGUAUCUAAAAUGUCUACAAAUAACUAGAAAAAUAGAAUGGAGCGCUUUCCUCUGAAAUCUUCAGUAUCUAAAAUGGGUACAACAUAUCAAUCGGUCUACAAAAAGGGUACAAGCGCAAGCAACGGACGCGGCGGCCACAUGGCGGAGGAUGACAUGGUAGACAUCGCGCCGGGCCCGCAGCGCUCGGCGGACACCACGCCCACCAGCCACGGCACCUUCCAGCUGUACGAGCACAGCGGCCGGAACAGCAACGCCAGUGCUAACUCAUACAUCGCUCAGUACUUCAACUCUGCAGCCGGGGACGCUGUUAUUUUCUCCGGAAUGCAAGGUGAUGCAGAUGACAUCCCUGGUAUCGGCCAGUAUGAUGACUUCCACACGAUCGACUGGCAGCGCGAUAUUGCUCGGGAUCGCAUGCGCCACAGGUACAUCGUCAAGAAACGACAGGACUCAAUAUGGGAUUUCAUUAAGGGCGCCCACGACGCGUGGUCUGGAUGGGUGUGCGUGCUGCUAGUGGGCGUGUGCACGGGAGUUGUGGCCGGCGUCAUCGACAUCGGGGCGUCGUGGAUGACGGACCUCAAGUUCGGCAUCUGUCCGCAGGCCUUCUGGUUCAACCGCGAGCAGUGCUGCUGGUCCAAUGACGAGAUCACCUUCGACCACAGCAACUGCUCACAAUGGAUGACGUGGCCGCAGCUGUUUGGCGAGUCUCGCGACGGCGCGGGCGCAUACAUCAUCAGUUACCUGUUCUAUAUCGUGUGGGCGCUUCUCUUCGCCGCACUCUCCGCCUCGCUUGUGCGGAUGUUCGCGCCCUACGCGUGCGGAUCUGGUAUCCCGGAGAUCAAGACCAUUCUGAGCGGAUUCAUCAUCCGUGGUUAUCUGGGCAAAUGGACGCUCAUCAUCAAGGUUGUGGGUCUCAUACUGUCCGUGUCAUCCGGAUUGUCCCUGGGCAAGGAGGGGCCCAUGGUUCAUAUAGCUAGUUGUCUAGGAAACAUCCUCUCAUACCUGUUCCCGAAGUAUGGGCGCAACGAGGCGAAAAAGCGCGAGAUCCUGUCUGCCGCGGCGGCCGCCGGCGUGUCUGUUGCGUUCGGCGCCCCCAUCGGUGGCGUACUCUUCAGUCUCGAGGAGGUGUCAUACUACUUCCCACUGAAGACGCUGUGGCGCUCCUUCUUCUGCGCCCUGAUAGCCGCCUUCAUCCUUCGCUCCAUUAACCCCUUCGGCAACGAGCACUCUGUGCUGUUCUUCGUAGAAUACAACAAACCUUGGAUAUUCUUCGAGCUCAUCCCCUUCGUGGGACUGGGUAUCAUUGGUGGCGUGAUAGCGGCAAUUUUCAUCAAAGCAAACAUCUACUGGUGUCGGUACCGUAAAUACUCUAAAUUGGGCCAGUACCCGGUCACCGAGGUGCUCGUGGUGACCCUGAUCACCGCCGUCAUCGCGUACCCCAACCCCUACACGCGCAUGAACACCAGCCAGCUCAUAUACCUGCUGUUCAACCAGUGCGGAAUAUCCAACUCCGACCCGCUGUGUCGCUACAACCGUAACUUCACGGACGUGAACUCAGCGAUAGAACGCGCCGCGGCCACGCCCGAGGUGUACAAUGCGAUGGGACUUUUGUUCCUAGCGCUGGUACUUAAGCUGGUGAUGACGGUGUUCACCUUCGGCAUCAAGGUGCCCUGUGGCCUCUUCAUCCCCAGCCUGGCACUCGGUGCCAUCGCCGGCCGCAUCGUGGGCAUCGGCAUGGAGCAGCUGGCGUACAACUACCAGAACAUCUGGAUCUUCUCGGGCGAGUGCUCAACGGGCGACGACUGCAUCACGCCCGGCCUCUACGCCAUGGUGGGCGCGGCCGCCGUGUUGGGCGGUGUCACCAGGAUGACUGUGUCGCUGGUGGUGAUAAUGUUCGAGCUGACGGGCGGCGUGCGCUACAUCGUGCCGCUGAUGGCGGCCGCCAUGGCGUCCAAGUGGGUGGGCGACGCGCUCGGCCGCCAGGGCAUCUACGACGCGCACAUCGCGCUCAACGGCUACCCCUUCCUCGACAGCAAGGACGAGUUCCAGCACACUUCGCUCGCGGCCGACGUCAUGCAGCCCAAACGUAACGAGACGUUGGCAGUGAUCACGCAAGACUCUAUGACAGUGGACGACGUGGAAACACUGCUGAAGGAGACGGAGCAUAACGGCUACCCGGUGGUCGUGUCCAAGGAGUCGCAGUACCUCGUCGGCUUCGUGCUGCGGAGGGACCUCAACUUGGCGAUAGCCAACGCGCGGCGCACGCUCGAUGGCAUCACGGGGCAGUCGCUGGUGGUGUUCGCGGGUCCCACCGCACCAUCGCCCGGCCCGCCCGCGCUGCCGCUCAACCGCAUCUUGGACAUGGCGCCCAUCACCGUCACCGACCAGACGCCCAUGGAGACCGUGGUCGACAUGUUCCGCAAGCUUGGCCUCCGCCAGACGCUCGUCACUCACAACGGGCGGCUACUUGGGGUUAUAACGAAAAAGGAUGUCCUCAGGCACGUGAAGCAGAUGGACAACGAGGAUCCCAAUUCUGUGUUAUUCAACUAAAUGAAUAAAUGAACAAUGGCUUCGCUACACAGUGCGAGUUGGCCUGCACAGCUACGUGGCGGCAGCUUUAUGUCAGUGCAUCAGGUAGCACCAUCUAAAAAAGCCCAAUACACAAGAUCUUACUUUAUACUCUAAGGCUGCUUUCUAAUUAGAAUCGCGUCGUAUGCGCGUUAUUAAUUUAUAUUAAUUUGAUUAUAUGUAAUGCGCGUACACGCCUCUGAGGUACGUUUUCACUGAUGCGGAGCUGGGUGGAGUGGAGCGGAGCGCACCGUGAAUUGGCCAAUCACUGCUCGAAAUCUCCAAUCCGCUGUGGUGCCGAGCGGAGGGCACGUAGCGGGACGGUGCGGUGCGCCGGGUAGCGUAGACAAAUUUAACUGAUCGGAACUCUGCUCAGUGCAGCUCUAGUCUGCUCUUCUCCACUCCACUCCGCCCAGUUCCAUGUCAAUGGGAACGCACCCUAAAGGAACCUUAUGCCCAAUACGUCAGAAAGAUUCACGUUUACAGUGGAAAGGUAUUAUUUUUAAGCGACUGAUAAAAAUAAAAGUGCAUUGUUUCUUCCGUUUGUAUGUGCGUGGGUAAAUCAGGCAAAAAUGUUCCAGAAUUCGAAGUAUUUAAAUAAAAGUCUAUAUAUAGUCAGAACCAGACACAACAGUCGUAGCUUUAGUUUUAAGUUUAUGUAAUUAUAAUUAUCACCAUACAUCAUUAUCUUACAAUUGACAUUCACAAUGGUAUGGUAAUUUGAAUAAAUGAUUUCACUUUGACUUUGAGAAUAUUUGAAUUAUGUUAAUGUUGUUUAUUUAUACCAAUUUUAGAAAGAUUUACAAAACAACUUCUCGUAUACCAAUUUUUGUGGAAAGUACGAAAAAAAUGAUUUUUUAAAAUUGUUAUCAAUUUCUCAGAAUUCACGAUUUACACUGAUUUCUCGAUACGAUACGAUUAAUAAGCUAAUGAAUUAGAGAUAGAUAUAUUGUAUAUAAAUAAUUGUUUUCCUCUCCACUGUAUAUUAUUUAGAAAAAAAAUAUUUCAGGGCUUGUUUUAAAUCUAAGUAUGUACUACAUUUUUAAUUGUUUUCUAUGUUGACUAUUAUUUUAUUUCUGUUUCAGUAGAAACUGAACAAAACGUAUUUGUAGUAACUGUAGAAUCUAUGGUACAUCUGUUUGAAAUAAUUUAGUAUACUAAAAUUGACGAUUCUGAUACUCUUAACUCUGAACUAGUAAAGUUACAAGAUUUGAGGUGACAUUUCCAAAGAGAAUACUGGCUCCAUAUCUUUAUUUCGGAUCGCGGACUAUAAUCCGCUGUCCUUUGACGCGCCAGGGAACGUUAGUUCUAUUUUUUCGAGGGCUCCUCCGGUUUUGUACGGUCUGGUCUGUCGAUGUCCCCGGCUAUUCGGAGGACUUUUCGUACGGGGUACUUUUAGCCCCUCGUGUGCGUUAUUCGAUGCAGUUAUAACUUGUUAUUCCUUUUGGCGGACAUAAUAAUACCCCUAGGACUGUCCCUCCUCUGCAUGUGUGUAUAAAAUAUCGUUUUUAUUUUUGGGCAGUUUCUAUUGAAACAGACUGUAUUGUUUAAAUAGGAAAUCAGGUGUAAAGAAUGUAAUUAUUUAUUCUAUGUCGUAUUAAUUUGACUUUUAAUGCAUAAUUGUAAGAAUACGAUCAAUUUGUCAUGUUUUUUUUGUUUAAUUUGUAUUAUAUUCGCUUUUUUUUUCACGUAGCAUAGUAUCUUAUUGUAAACUUGUUAUGUUGAUAUAAUACGAAAUAAUAAGCAUGUUUAUUAAAUUAUUGUUAAUUUGAAUGAAAUGAAUAAAAUUUAAAUCGAUGCUUAUGGUGGAAUUUUUGAGCCUGCACGCAAGAUUACCUAAAUAUUAUACAGACUUGCAUUACGUCAGUUAAGUCCAGUUUCAUGAUUGUAGAUAAAGCGUACGUUACGCUUACCGUUAAACUUUAAGGGUUUGCUAACUUUGAACCAAAAUUUUAUCUAAUACCUUAUUCAUGGAGUCAGUACUGACUUUGCUUAUUACUCGCGGCUGCAGUUUAACGGUAAACUUAAAGUAACUUUAACCUUUAGCUUCAAUACCUCAAUGGCUAAAGGAGCGGACUGAAAUCCAAAAGGUCGACGAUUCAAACCCCACCCGUUGCACUGUUGUCGUACCUACUCCUAGCACAGGCUUUACGCUUAUUUGGAGUGAAUAUUAGUCAUGAUAUGGCUGAUACCGCCGGUCAUGCAAAUGGACCUUAGUUGUAGAAGUGAUGUUCAAUAAUUUCCUAAAUUUAUGAAAAAAUACGGAAAUCUAAAAACAUCAUAAAUAUUUUGAUACACCUUUUUCAAAGUACUAUGUCAAAUCCACGCAUUCCUCUAGAGAUUACUUCACUAAAUUGUGGAUAGUAUUCGCGUUCACACCAGGCGAUUAGUGUGUGUCCUGGGUAACAGCGCAUCGCGUAUGGCGGAUUGCGGAGUGAAUUUACACGUCGUACUUGUCCUUAGUGCACGCGGGGAAGGACACGUCCGCUCGCACUUCGGCCUACUGACACUGACUGACUGACUGACUCCGGACAGGCUUGUUGUCGAACAUUUGAUGCGCCGUCCAUUCCGCCUCCGCGGUGCGCCUUCACUGAGGACGCAGACUUAGUCGGUCGUAUCUUUGUCUAUUAUUUAUUUUAUCAAAACCAUAUUGGGCUUCACUGGCUAAAGAAUUUUACUAAUUCCUUGAUCAAAAGACAGGAUUAUUUCUCGUGCUUAGCUAAUUUAUUAAUUAAAUGCAGAUUUUUUUAAAUGCACACAACAAAUGCUUAGCUACAUGAUAAAAUCGGCAGCUGUGCUCAACAGAUUUGCAUUAUAUUUAUUUUACGUACCUUUUAUAUUAAAUAAUUUAUGAUUAAGUAAUUAUAUUAUAUUAAUGAUUUUCCUUUUAAUAAUCUUAUUUUUAUAUAAUUUAAUUUUUAUUGGUAUAAUAAUGUAAUUUUAAAUGUACAGACAUUACCUAUACAUCUGAUUAAUAAAAAUAUAAUUUCUGAAUAUUAUUAUGCUAAAAUGUAUUUGAAAUUGUUGAAAGGUAUCUAGUAACUACACUGUAUAUAAUAUCAUUUUAUUAAAUGUAUAUCAAAUAUCAAUGUAUUUUAAUAAUGAACUGAAAAAAAUCAUGCAAUAUU